CCGUUUGACACCUCCUCCCAGCACUUUUGUUUCCCGAAACAACAUAUAGCCCAAAUUACUCGCUCCUCAAUUCCAUCUCCCAAAACCAAGAAAGGAAAUCUUUCCUAUUUAUCUCGCUACAUAUGCAUAUUCAGAUGCAUGAAUAUGUAUACAUGUACGCAUAGCUACAGAUUCCGAUGGAUGUUGAAAAACCGUUAUGGGGUGCAUUAAUCCAGGGUGGGUUAAGCAGACCUUCAUGGCCCUUCGCCUUGCUUCUCCUCACGGUUUUGGCCGUUCUGAGCCUCCAGAUCACCACCAACGCGGUUUUCCCGACGUGGGCUGGCGGCAGCGGUUUGAGGCAGGAGAAGACUUUUUCCUCCUCCUCGGGCGGUGAUUCGCAGCCGACGACGUGUGCGGGGUUCUUCAGGGAAGGGCCGGAGAGGAAGGUGGUGAUGUCGGUCGCCGAUUUCGGAGGCGUGGGAGACGGGACGACGUCGAACACGGCGGCGUUUCGGCGGGCGGUGGAGCAUGCGGUGAGGUUGGGGAAGGAGCGAGGUGGUGGAGGUGGGGCCCAGCUUAACGUUCCGAGAGGGAGGUGGGUGACGGGAAGCUUCAAUCUCACCAGUAAUUUCACGCUUUUUCUGGAGGAGGGUGCUGUGAUUUUAGGUUCUCAGGUAAAUCUGGAUCCGAAGGAAUGGCCGAUUAUAGAGGCAUUACCUUCUUAUGGAAGAGGGAGAGAAAGAUUGGGAGGGAGGCAUAUAAGCCUCAUUCAUGGAGAUGGCCUCAACGACGUUGUCAUUACAGGGGAAAAUGGGACAAUUGAUGGUCAAGGGAAGAUGUGGUGGGAGAUGUGGUGGAACAGAACAUUGAAGCACACUCGAGGCCACCUCCUGGAACUGAUGAACUCUAACAACAUACUUAUCUCCAACCUCACUUUCCGAAACUCUCCUUUCUGGACCAUCCAUCCUGUUUACUGCAGUAAUAUUGUGAUCAAGAAUAUGACAGUCCUGGCCCCACUCAAUGCUCCAAACACUGAUGGUAUAGACCCGGAGAGCACAAGUGGUGAUCUCCAGUUCAACUUUUAUACAGACUCGAGCACAAAUGUGUGUAUUGAGGACUGUUACAUUGAGAGCGGAGACGAUCUUGUAGCAGUGAAGAGCGGGUGGGACCAAUACGGCAUUGGCAUGGCCCGCCCAAGCUCCAACAUCAUCCUAAGGAGAGUCUCUGGCACGACCCCGACGUGUUCCGGUGUAGGAAUAGGCAGUGAAAUGUCCGGUGGAGUUUCAAAUGUCAUCGUGGAAAACGUGCACAUUAGAGAUUCAGCAGCAGGGAUCCGAAUGAAGACGGAUAAGGGAAGAGGGGGAUACGUUGCAAAUAUAACUAUAAGUAACAUAACGAUGGAGAGAGUUAAGAUGCCGAUAAGGUUCAGCAGAGGCGCAAACGAUCAUCCAGACGAGGGGUGGGACCCGAAGGCUGUCCCGAUAGUGAAGGGUAUUUUUAUAAGUAAUGUGGUCAGUAGGGAUUCGGUAAGAGCGCCGUUGUUGGAGGGUAUUGAGGGUGCACCAUAUGAAGGUAUAUGCAUGAGAAAUGUCACUGUUCUUGGGUUAGGAGCAUCUGCUAAGUGGAGCUGUGAAUUUGUUUCGGGGUUUUCGGACGGGGUGAGUCCGGUACCGUGUCCCCAGUUGCAGAGCAAUAGGUCUGCUUCCUCUUGUUCAUUCUCCUGAGGUGAAAUGGUAGUUUUUGUUUGGUUGGGGAAAUUCAGUAUGAUACAAAAUUUCCACACAUAGAAACAACUCGUCCUCCUGUUCUAAUGCAUUCCUCAUAACACAAUUUAUCUACUGAGAUUUGAGUGUGCGGAUUCUAGAUCCGCACUUGGGGGUGAAAGGAUCUUUAGGACAGAAGAUCAUCGGACUCGGUUUUUGAUCAAAGAGAAAUUAUUCAUUUUCGACACAAUGGCAGAGAAGAGUUAAGACAGCGGCUGUGCCGCGGAGAUCAAUUUUAGAUGGGUGGAUUUGUGUGAAUUAGAUUUAUACUGGAUGGGAUCUGUUCACAAUUUUAAAGCUAAACAGUUUCCUUGUUCUUUGUUCUUUGUUUUGCUCAUUGCAUUGUUCAACAUAGGGAGGUAAAAUGUACGGGAAUUAGGCCCAGACAAGUGGUUACAGAGAUAACAUGCAUACAGGGAGAUUUUAUUUCCUUGAUUUUUUCCAAGUUUUUUUUUUUUGGAAGCAAGAGAUUUACUUAUUUCAUUGCUGAGUAGUGAUUAUGGGCGCUAAAUGUUUGGUUCAAACCUAUGUCAAAAUGGGUUUUUAUUAAAAUGCUUACUGACGGCUAUUUUUCCUCUUAACAUUUAUGAUUACGAUACUAAUAAUUAAAGCUUUUAGUCAAGUCUAUCCUUGAUUUGAGUUUGUUCAUCGCAGAGGACUUGAUGCCAAAUGAAGCUUUUACUCAAGUUUUCAAAGCGGACCAACUCGAUAUCAACAAUUAAGAAGAAAGAUAUAGACAACAAUUUAACAUGAUACAAACCACAGCGACAAAUUGAUUCAGAAGUCGUGAACCGGAAUACUAAAUACUACAAAGUCCAGGGGAAUAUAAGACCAAGGGAACAUUGAUCCCUUCUUCACCAUUUCCAGAACACAUUGGAACCACACUUGUACUUGUCCCUCCCUUUGCACUCCAACUCUAUAUCCUCAGAAAGAAACCCCACUUUCUGCAUCAAAAAACCAAACACAAUCAACCAAAUUGCAAAGGGAAAAGUUCUUUUUUUUUUCUCUCUCUCUUUUUUUGUUUUCCUUUUCUUUCUUUGGUCAAACUAACUAAGAACAACAAAGUAACAGAUCAUGUGUGAUUCAGACCUUUUGCUUGGCAAGAUCUUGGCAGCCGGUGAAGUUCUCCGGGAACUUGCACGAGCCGAAUUCCACUGUGUUUGCCCGUGCGAAAUUCGCGCCGCUUGUCGCCAACCUCUUCUUAUCAUUCAGCUCCUAUUGUUCCACACACGUUUACAAUUACGUAAAUGAAAAAAAUUAUAAAAUAGGGCUACAGCUAUUGUACAGACUCUUUAAUAUGUAUGACACUUGAAGACACGAUUUCUUUUCAAAAAAUGGGGAAAAAAAAUUGUAGUAAUACAUGAAAGUUGCAGGAUUUCAGUGUCCUCGAUAUUAUAAAAGCAAGAUAUGUAGUAUGUCCGAUUUCCGUACCCUAGACCAUGUAACAGAGAUAGACAAUAAGACCCAUCAAAACAGCAGAAAACAAACCUUGUUAGCUUUGCUCUUUUCGAGGUACUCUUCGAAGACACUGGCGUUGGCGGAGGAGGAGGAGGACACGGCGAAAAGGCCGGCAGCAGCGAGGCCGAAUAGUGCAGCCCUUCUUCCAUCACUACCACCAGAAGUAAUCUUGUUUGAUUGUUUUGAAUCAGAAAAGCUAGCCUGUUGGGCCUUGAUCACAGGAAACUUAACUGAUGCCACUGGGGAAACCUUUGAGCUGCCAAUCAACUCCGAUGAUAGAACACCAGAAAUUGCGUAGUUUGAAGCUAGCACAUUUGAGUUCAUGGCUGCCAUUCUGUCUCUGGGUAUAGUAGCUGAAAUUGAGAGACCAAAAUGAAUUAAGUUUGUAAUUUCUCAAUGUUGGGAAUCAAGUGGAGGGGAAUUGUAGUACUU